UAUUAUAUUUUCGACAACAUGAAGAUCCUUGUGGUCAAUUUGGUGCUUCUGGUUACAGUAUCUGCAUUACCUAGGAUAGACCCUUUAGUGGAUACUAAGAUAGGACUGAUUAGAGGUUUGCAGGCAACUGAUGGUGAUUAUUCUAUGUUCUUGGGAAUACCUUUUGCGAAAGUUAAUGCAAGUAAUCCAUUCGGGCCAUCACUACCAUACCCCGAUUUCGAUGACGUUUUCGAAGCUAAUGAUGACACCGCCAUCUGUCCACAAAGAGAAGAAUUCGACAAUCAAAUCGUUGGUACACUGGAUUGCCUACAUCUCAACAUUUACGUACCUAACAAAGCCACAACAAGGAACAAACUACCAGUACUGGUAUGGAUACAUGGAGGUGGAUUUUUUAUCGGCUUCGCAGGUCGCUUCAUUCAUGGCCCAAAAUAUUUAGUGAAACAAGACAUUAUUCUAGUAACAUUAAACUAUAGAUUGGGGCCAUACGGUUUCAUGUGUCUAGAUACACCUGAAGUAUCAGGGAAUCAGGGCUUAAAAGAUCAAUUAUUAGCAUUACGUUGGAUAAAAGAACAUAUAGAUUCAUUCGGAGGAGAUAGUAAUAAAAUUACAAUAUUCGGUGAAAGCGCUGGAGGUGUGUCAGUCGACUAUCAUCUUCUUUCUAAACAGGAGAAGCUAUUCAAUCAAAUAAUAUUACAAAGUGGAACAGCACAAUGCCCAUGGGCUAUUGAGGAUUCUGACAGAAGUGCACCUAUAGCAUUAGCAAAACGCCUCGGUCUAGACACAGAUGACGUGAAUGAUGCUUUGAAAUUCUUGGCCACUGUACAACCUGACCUAGUAAUUGCAGCUUCCUUAGAGAUACCAAAUACAUUUAUGCCUUGCAUAGAAAAAGACUUUGAAGGUGUUGAGAAAUUUAUAGCUAGUCAUCCCAUAAAUAGUGCUAUACCAAAGGCUAAAGAUGUCUUAAUACUAACUGGGUAUAAUAACCAAGAAAUGCUAGUACCAUAUGUUAUUAGGCCAAUUUCUACUCUAAGUUUGAACAUAUUCAAAAGCAAUUUAGCAAUGAUGUUUGAUCUGAGUAACGAUGAAGACUUGGAAAGUAUAGUGCGACAAUUCUAUGUGGGGGAUGAAGAAGUUAGUGAAGAGAUCCGGUGGAAUCUUAUGGACUUUGAAGCAGAUUAUACCUUUGGUCAUCCGGUGCAUAGAAGCUUAUACAAGUAUUUGGAAAACGGUGGUAAAGUCUACUACUACAUCUUCUCAUAUUCCGGUGGCAGGAACUUCGUAAAGUACAGGAAUAAUAUAACUAUAGGUGGAGCAUCUCAUGCUGAUGAAAUUGGCUACUUAUUUGACGCAUCUAUUUUCAAGGAAUCCCCUUCAGAAGAAGACCAACUUGUUAUCGACAGGAUAACAACGUUGUGGGCUAAUUUUGUUAAAUAUGGGGACCCAACACCGGAGACAACAGACCUUUUGCCAAUUAAAUGGGACCCAAUUACUAAAGAUGCUCUCACUUAUUUGGAUAUUGACAAAGAGCUAACCAUUAGCAGUCGACCAUUCCACAAAAGGACAACAUUCUUGGACUUAUUUUAUAAAGCUAACCAACAUUUGUUAAAGGCCAAUCAAGGGUAAAACUAACGAAAUAACCUAGAAAAACUUUGAUUAUUUAUUGCAGGAAAAAAUAUAUGAUAAUAAUUG